AGGAAUUCCCUAGGUUUUGUAAAUUUUUGCAAAACUCAUAUCUUGCUCCACAUGAGAAGAAAAAAAAAACAUUAGGAGCUAUAGGGGUAAUUUCUUCCACCUUCCCCCUGCGCUUGUUUCUAGGGUUUUAUUUCCAACCUUUUGCUUCAAAUAGGGUUUUAUUUCAAAAAGCAGGCCCUCGGAAUUUACAGAUCGUGAGGCCAAGAAGGCGGAGUAGCAGCAGGCACUAUCGAGAGGCUUUGAACAACUUACAAUGUCUGGGAAGAAGAAGACCAGAGAAGUUAAGGAGGAAAAUGUUACUCUAGGACCUGCAGUCAGGGAAGGAGAACACGUGUUUGGUGUAGCCCACAUAUUUGCUUCUUUCAAUGAUACAUUUGUGCAUGUGACUGAUUUGUCUGGAAAGGAAACACUUGCCCGUGUUACUGGUGGAAUGAAGGUCAAAGCUGACAGAGAUGAAUCAUCACCAUAUGCUGCAAUGCUUGCAGCACAAGAUGUUGCACAAAGAUGCAAGGAGCUUGGCAUAACUGCCUUGCAUAUUAAGCUUCGUGCAACAGGAGGGAAUAAGACAAAGACUCCUGGACCUGGGGCACAAUCAGCUCUUCGUGCUCUUGCUCGAUCUGGAAUGAGAAUUGGUCGCAUAGAGGAUGUGACUCCCAUUCCAACGGACAGUACCAGAAGAAAGGGUGGACGAAGAGGAAGAAGGCUGUAGUAUUUUUGUUGGAUGCUAUUAUUUGUUUUGACAGCUUAAAAGUCUGUUUUUUUGGUGGAACAUGAGGUCAAGAGGACUUUUCUGUUCUUAAGUUUACUCAAGCACAUUGCAUGAUUUGCAAAUACAAGAGUACACGAUUUAAUUUAA